GCAUCUCGCACGCUCGUUCCUCGUCCGCCUUCUCGUUCUGUCUCGGUCGUCGGCUGAUUGUCAUUAUCUCUUGUUUCUUAUCGCGACAAGACAAAAAAAAAAAAGUCAACCGAUUGUAAGUCUGCUUGCGCGUUUACGAGUCAAAUGUGUGCAUAGUCUUUACAAGUCUGACAAGCUCUCUGUCAUUGAAGUUCGCGUGAUAAAGGAUUUCACGAUAAGUCGGGAAUACGAUAGAAUGCGGACUUCGGAUCGGCCGCGGCAAAGUUCGAUCGUUCACUCUGCCUCGAGUUCGCGCUCGAGUCGUACGCCGCUCGUUAUUCGUCUCGCCGCCGAUUGUCAGAGUAAAGUCGUCGGUCGACUCGCGAGAGCAGCGCACCAUUUAGUACCUGCAGACGACGGGCAAUCACGAUGCCAUUGUUACCGCAGUCCCAAUUCGAUGACUACCUGCCGUAUUUGGGCGGCGCGGCCGGUGCCCUCGUCGUCACCGGGGUGGCUUACUGGGCUUCCAGACCGACGGCCGACAAACCGCUGUUUCCCCUCGACGCUCAGGCACUGGUGCUACCGGGCAACGAGCACAUCCGGGUGUCGAGGUUCUACAAGGAGGGGAGGGAAGGCAAGUUCGUCACCCACCUCCACGAUGACACGCGCACCCUCUACGACAGCUUUCGUCGCGGCGCCAAGGAAUCCAACAACGGUCCCUGUCUCGGGUGGAGGGAAGGGCCGAACAAACCCUACCAAUGGCUUCAUUACAACGAGACGCUGCUCAGGGCGAAGAAUUUUGGUUCCGGCCUAGUGUCCAUGGGGCUGGUCCCCGGUCAACAAACUUUAGUAGGCCUUUACAGUCAGAACUGUCCCGAGUGGAUCCUCACCGAGCAGGCGUGCUACUCGUACUCACUCGUGGUGGUGCCAUUGUACGACACCUUGGGCCCUGACGCCUGUGCGUACAUCAUCAAUCAGACUGACAUUAAUCUAGUGGUAUGCGAAGACGACCAAAAGUGCAAUUUGCUCCUCGACAAAGCACCGAGGUGUUUACGGAAGCUGGUGGUGGUGAAGCAGACGCGACCGGCGACGAAUCAGCGAGCGAAGAAUCGCGGCAUCGAGCUGUACAGGUUCGAAGAUAUCGAGCGUCUCGGCGCGCAGAAGAACCACCCGGAGCUGCCGCCUAAGGUGACCGAUCUCUGCACGAUAUGCUACACCUCAGGCACAACCGGCAACCCCAAAGGCGUGAUGCUCACGCAUCAGAACGCCAUAUCGGCCAUAGCUUCGGUGAUAAUGCAGAUGGGCGAUCACGCGCUCUCGUCUAAGGACACGAUGAUCAGCUUUUUGCCGUUGGCGCACAUGCUGGAGCGUUGCUGCGAGAACGCGAUGUACAUGGUGGGCGGCUCCGUCGGCUUCUUCGGCGGCGACAUCAAGAAGUUGGCCGACGACAUGAAGACGCUCAAGCCUACCGUAACGCCGGCUGUGCCUAGGUUAUUGAAUCGAAUUUACGAUAAGGUGCAGAGUGAGCUCCACAGAUCGUUUCUGAAGAGAAUGAUUUUCAACAUGGGCCUGCGAUCGAAGGAGACGGAGAUCAAGAAGAGCAUCUUCAGAAACAACAGCAUAUGGGACAAGAUCGCGUUCAGAAAGAUCCAGGAGUCGAUGGGCGGCAACCUCAGAUUGAUGCUCGUUGGUUCCGCGCCGCUGGCCGGAAACGUGCUCACGUUCGCCAGAUGCGCCCUCGGCUGCCUGAUAGUCGAGGGUUACGGUCAGACGGAGUGCUGCGCGCCGAUAACGCUCACUAUUCAGGGCGAUCAUGUGCCGGAACACGUGGGACCACCGUUGGCUUGUAAUUGCAUCAAGCUCGUCGAUGUUCCGGAAAUGGAAUAUUACACGGCGAAUAAUCAGGGCGAGGUGUGCGUCAAGGGCACUAACGUCUUUGUCGGUUAUUACAAAGAUCCUGAAAAGACUGCCGAGGUGAUCGACGAGCAGGGAUGGCAUCACACGGGAGACAUCGGGAUGUGGCUACCGAACGGAACGUUAAAAAUCAUAGAUCGGAAGAAGCAUAUUUUCAAGCUGUCGCAGGGAGAGUACAUAGUGCCGGAAAAAAUCGAAAACAUUUAUAUUCGUAGUCAAUACGUGCAACAAGUAUUCGUCCAUGGAGAGUCACUAAAAUCUUGUAUUAUAGCAAUAGUAGUACCAGACGUAGAUGUAGUUAAGUGCUGGGCAGUGGAGAACGGAAUACCCGGUACGUUGAGCGUCCUGUGCGCCAAUCCGGAGGUUAAGAAAUUAAUAAUGGACGACAUGCUGGCAUGGGGAAGAGAAGCGGGUCUCAAAUCCUUCGAACAGGUGAAAGAUAUCUAUCUCCAUCCAGAUCCGUUCUCCGUGCAAAAUGGGCUUCUAACACCAACGUUGAAAUCGAAACGGCCUCAGUUGAAAGCGUACUUCAAACCACAGAUAGAAGAUCUCUACCAACAGUUGGACUGACCAGACUGAGCGACUAUCGCGUUAUCGCAUCAGCACUGAUCGCAAAAAAAAAAACAAAAACCAAAAAAAAAAAAAUUAAAAAAAAAAAAAUAAAAAUAAUGGAAACGAUGGUAGAGAGAAAAGCAACAAGCGCCUUUCCUCGCCGCCGUUCUCUCAUCAAAGUUCACUAUUAUCAUCGAAAUAUUCGUUAACCCUUGAUACUUUUAUUAUAUAUAUAUAUAUAUAUAUAUCAUUUUCACAGGUACAUUAGAAACGCAGGUAAAAGCACCGAUUAGGCUAAUUAAGAUAAACAACAUUACGAGUAAUAAAAUGAAUUAUUAUUAGGCGCGUCUAGUUUUUCUCUCAAUUGCAAAAAAAAAAGCAUCCUUUGAUACUUUCUAUAUGGUAAUGGAUAGUUAUAUUUACAGAUGCGAUACCCUACCCACUUAUUAUAUUAACGAUGUAUACACGUUGUUAUUCUUGCGUAAGGAACGAAUUAAUAUUAUAUAGAAUGCAUUUUUAGUUGAUAGAGUCCGUCGAUUAAAGAAACUCGCCCGAUGAACGGCUCAAGUUAAGGUUUACAAUUAUAGUAGUUUGUUAAAUCGAGAAAAAACACACAUUGAAGGAGUAAAUCCGAUUCGAUUUUACUCCGAUAGAGGCUUGCGCGCGUACGAAACGCGUAAAAAAAUCUUGAAUAAUUAACUACUUAAUAAAUCUCUUGUUGAAUAUAUAUUUUGUGGUUUCGGAAUAUUUUCUUAGAAACUUGAGUGCGCAUGUAGAGAACGAGAGCAAUGUCAAAGCUUCUGGAUAAACUGAAUGAACUCGGACAACAACAACAAUAACAACAAUAAUGAAACGGUUUUACGAUUCGUUUCGGUUAUUCUUGAAAAUAAAUGCAUUUGAUAAUCAGUCA